AGGCAAUGAGUUUAGUCUUCUUGGUGGGACUUAUAGGAGAGUUCCAAGUUUUUUCAAGUGCCUCCUCUCCUGUCAAUUGUCAGUGGGAUUCCUAUGCUCCUUGGUCAGAAUGCAAUGGUUGUACCAAGACUCAGACUCGCAGGAGACCCAUUGCUGUUUAUGGGCAGUAUGGCGGGCAUCCCUGUGUCGGAAGUAUGUUUGAAACACAAUCAUGUGAACCUACACGAGGAUGUCCAACAGAAGAAGGAUGUGGAGAGCGUUUCAGAUGUUUUUCAGGUCAGUGCAUCAGCAAAUCUUUGGUUUGCAACGGGGAUUCUGACUGUGAAGAAGACAGUGCUGAUGAAGACCGGUGUGAGGACUCAGAAAGCAGACCUUCCUGUGACCUCAGUAAACCUCCUCCCAACAUAGAACUUACUGGAAAUGGUUACAAUGCACUCACGGGCCAGUUUAGGAACAGAGUCCUCAACACUAAAAGUUUUGGUGGUCAAUGCAGAAAGGUGUUUAGUGGGGAUGGGAGAGAUUUCUACAGACUGAGUGGAAAUGUCCUCUCCUACACAUUCCAGGUGAAAGUAAAUAAUGAUUUUAAUUAUGAAUUUUACAAUAGUACCUGGUCUUAUGCAAAACAUACAUCUACAGAACAUACAUCAUCCAGUAAAGGACGCGUCUUCAUUUUUAGUUCUUCCUCUUCUUCCUCCAGUUAUUAUGCAAAAACCUAUGAAAUCCUUAAGAAAAAGAGUUAUCAGUUGUUGGUUGUUCAGAACACUGUUGAAGUGGCUCAAUUUAUCAAUAACAAUCCAGAAUUUUUGCAACUUGCUGAGUCAUUCUGGAAGGAACUCUCCUACCUUCCUCCUCUGUAUGAUUACAGUGCCUACCGAUUAAUUGACCAGUAUGGGACACAUUAUCUGCAGUCUGGGUCCUUAGGAGGAGAAUACAAAGUUUUAUUUUAUGUGGACUCAGAGAAAGUCGCAGAAAGCGAUCUUAGUUCAGAGGAUAAGAAGAAAUGUGCUUCCUCACAUAUUAGUUUUCUAUUUAAAUCAUCAAAGCACAAAUGCAAGGCGAUGGAAGAGGCCUUAAAAUCAGCUUCAGGAACUCAGAGCAAUGUGUUGCGAGGGGUCCCGUUUGUCAGAGGGGGACGUCCUGGCUUUGUGUCUGGCCUUAGUUACCUGGAGCUGGACAACCCUGAUGGAAACAAACAACGAUAUUCUUCCUGGGCAGGAUCUGUGACUGAUCUUCCCCAAGUCAUAAAACAAAAGCUGACACCUUUGUAUGAGCUGGUAAAGGAAGUACCCUGUGCUUCUGUGAGACUGUACUUGAAACGGGCCCUGGAGGAGUAUCUGGAUGAAUUUGACUCCUGCCAUUGCCAACCUUGUCAAAACGGUGGCAUGGCCAGUGUCGAGGGGACCCAGUGUCAGUGCCAUUGCAAACCAAACACAUUUGGUGUGGCGUGUGAACAAGGAGUCCUCGUAGGGGAUCAUGCAGGAGGCAUUGAUGGAGGGUGGAGUUGCUGGUCCUCUUGGGGCCCCUGUGCCCAAGGGAAGAAAACAAGGAGCCGAAAAUGCAAUAACCCACCCCCCAGUGGGGGUGGGAAAUCCUGUAUUGGAGAAACGUCAGAAAGCAGGCAAUGCGAAGAUGAAGAUCUGGAGCAUCUUCGGUUGCUUGAACCACAUUGUUUCCCUUUGUCUUUGGUUCCAACAGAAUUCUGUCCAUCACCUCCUGCCUUGAAAGAUGGAUUUGUUCAAAAUGAAGAGACCACAUUUCCUGUUGGGAAAAACAUAGUGUACAGUUGCAAUGAAGGAUACUCUCUUGUUGGAGACCCUGUUGCCAGAUGUGGAGAAGAUUUACAGUGGACUGUUGGGAAAAUGCAUUGUCAGAAAAUUGCCUGUGUUCUACCUACACUGAUGCGUGGCUUACAGAGUCAUCCCCAGAAGCCUUUCUACACAGUUGGCGAGAAGGUGACCUUUUCCUGUUCAAGCGGCAUGUCCUUAGAAGGUCCAUCGACAUUUCUCUGUGGAUCCAGCCUCAAGUGGAGCCCUGAGAUGAAAAAUGUCCAGUGUGUGCGAAAAGAGGCCCCUUUGGCAAAGAAAGUGCCUGAAUGUCAGCUCUGGGAGAAACUGCAGAAUUCAAAAUGUGUUUGUAAAAUGCCCUAUGAAUGCGGAUCUUCCUUAGACGUGUGCGCUCGAGAUGAGAGAAGCAAAAGGAUCCUGCGACUGACAGUUUGCAAGAUGCAUGUUCUCCAAUGUCAGGGUAGAAAUUACACUCUUUCUGUUGGGGAGACCUGUACUCUGCCUGGCUCCGCUGAGAAAGCUUGCGGUGCAUGUCCACUCUGGGAGAAAUGUGAUGCCCAAAGCAGCAAAUGUGUCUGCAGAGCCGCCUCGGAGUGCGAGGAAGCGGGGUUCCGCGUCUGCGUGGAGGUGAACGGCAGGGAGCAGACGAUGACCGAGUGUGAGGCCGGCGUCCUGAGAUGCCUAGGACUGAGCAUCACUGUCACCAGCAUCAGGCCCUGCGCGCCCGAAGCCCCGUAG